UUUAAUUGAGCCGCACGUAGAGGCUGUAAACUUUGACAUCGGGCUUCCUCCUUCCUUUUCCGGUUACGGCUAAAACAGCUCCAAGAUGGUGCAGCGCCUGACAUACCGCCGUAGGUUGUCCUACAACACCGCGUCUAACAAAACCAGACUCUCCCGAACACCUGGUAACCGCAUCGUCUACCUGUAUACUAAGAAGGUUGGCAAAGCCCCCAAGUCAGCGUGUGGCAUCUGCCCAGGAAGACUGCGUGGGAUCCGGGCUGUUAGACCUCAGGUUCUGAUGAGGCUCUCCAAGACCAAGAAGCACGUUAGCAGGGCUUAUGGGGGAUCCAUGUGCGCCAAGUGUGUGCGUGACAGGAUCAAGCGUGCGUUCCUGAUUGAAGAGCAGAAGAUUGUCGUGAAGGUGCUGAAGGCACAGGCACAGAGCCAAAAGCUGAAAUAAAGUGUAUUUGUACUGCCACAAUAAAACAACCUGAAAUGAGA